AUGCUUCAAACUUUCCAAAGAUGCUUCACCCAAAUCAAUGCGAGCCAAGAACUAGAUCAGAAUCAGAGCAAACCAAAAUUAAUAGCACUAGGCUCCCAGAUUCUUAAACUAAGGUUCAAAAGUUGCCAUAGUGCUUCCAUGACCCUGAAUCCAAGAGAACUUGUACAUGCCACAUCAAAUAACUUCUUAUCAGUAACUCACAAAUCGUUGCCAUAUUUCAAAGCUUAUAUUAAAGUAGGCUCCGGGGCAUUUUCUCUAAAGCAAAUCAAUCUUCGACUUAUUGUCUUUGCAACACAGAGAUUUGAAGUCACUGUCCACGAAUCCACAGAGAGCAGGCAGACCUUUCUCAUCAAACUUCUCCCUUACUUUUCCUUCAUUACUCGUAUAGUCUCCCAAGAGUACUUCAAAUUAAGUCAUACAGGAAGACUGGCACAGGCAAAAAAUCUCAUUAAUCAAACCCUCAACUCCCCCCUCAUGUCUUCAAAAAUGAUGAUUAUGUUGCUCAAAUCAACCACCAGCUUCACAAUCACGUGUGUAGACGAUGAUUUAAGUGGGUCUAAAUCCCGCAUUUUCCAAACGGCAUAG